AUGGAGCGGCCAAGGCACCAGGGGAUGGCAAAGAACACCUACAUGCGCUGGCGGCUGCCACUCAUCUGCCUCCUCUGGGAGGUGGCGAUGAUCAUCCUCUUUGGGGUCUUUGUGCACUUCGGCCCUGAAGCUGAUGCACACUGGGAGGAAGAGAAGCAUCAGAUGAACCUUACCAGUGACAUUGAGAAUGAUUUCUACUUCCGAUACCCCUCUUUCCAGGACGUUCACGUGAUGAUCUUUGUGGGCUUCGGCUUCCUCAUGACAUUCCUCAAGCGUUAUGGAUUCGGAGCUGUGGGAUUCAAUUUCCUCCUUGCUGCUUUUGGGAUCCAGUGGGCUCUCCUGAUGCAAGGCUGGUUCCACUCUUUCCAGAAUGGGAAGAUCCUUAUUGGAGUGGAAAACCUGAUCAAUGCUGAUUUCUGCGUGGGUUCUGUGUGUGUUGCCUUUGGAGCCAUCCUGGGCAAAACCAGCCCAGUACAGCUUCUCAUCAUGACUUUGUUUCAAGUCACACUCUUUGCAGUGAAUGAGUACAUCCUCCUCGACCUGCUUCACGUUAAGGACGCAGGUGGCUCCAUGACCAUUCACACCUUUGGAGCCUACUUUGGCCUCACUGUGACACGUUUGCUAUACAGACCCAACCUGGAGCAGAGUAAAGACAAGGAAGGCUCUGUGUACCACUCUGACCUCUUUGCUAUGAUUGGUACCCUAUACCUGUGGAUGUACUGGCCCAGCUUCAACUCAGCCAUUUCUGAACAUGGGGAUGCCCAGCAUCGGGCUGCCAUUAACACAUACUGUUCCCUGGCUGCUUGUGUCCUCACCACAAUGGCCUUCUCCAGCAUGCUGCAGAAGAAAGGCAAGCUUGACAUGGUCCACAUCCAGAAUGCAACGCUGGCUGGUGGAGUGGCUGUGGGCACCAGCGCGGAGAUGAUGUUGACCCCGUAUGGCUCCCUCAUUGUUGGGUUCAUCUGUGGCAUUGUGUCCACAGUGGGGUUUGUCUACCUCACGCCUAUUUUGGAGUCCAAGUUGCACAUCCAGGACACAUGUGGCAUCCACAACCUCCAUGGCAUGCCAGGCCUUAUAGGGGGCAUUGUGGGAGCCAUCACUGCAGCUGCAGCCACAGAGGAUGUAUAUGGAAAGGAAGGGUUUAUCAAGGCAUUUGACUUUACUGGCAGCUACAAGACACGAACGCCCAGCAUUCAAGGAGGGUUCCAGGCGGCCGGCAUUGUCGUUUCUCUGCUGAUGGCUUUCGCUGGGGGAACCCUUGUGGGAGCCAUCCUGAAGCUGCCCAUCUGGGGCGACGCGGCCGACGAGAACUGCUUCGAGGAUGACAUCUACUGGGAGGUGCCCGAGGACGAGGAGAGCGACGUGUACCACAUGCACAACCCCGACAAGGCCGCCUCGCCCUGA